CAGCACUUUUUGGUUUCCUUUUGUGUAGAUCUCAACUUAACAACUCUAGAUUUUCGCUUCUACCAAAAUCCAACUUUUAUCCCCCCCAAUGUCCGCUCCUCGUCGAAAACUACCUCCACCGCCAGUCGGUCUGACGAGGCGACAAACACAUCAUAAUGUCUCUAUCCCAUUAAAUGGAACUAUGAUUCAGUAUUUCGAAUGGCAUGUCCCCGCAGAUCAUAAACAUUGGACGCGUCUUAGAGACGAUGCUCAAAACUUGAAAGAUUUGGGAAUAACAGCGAUAUGGAUCCCUCCACCAACGAAAGGAUCGAGUCCCGCCUGUGUUGGGUACGCCACAUACGAUCUGUGGGAUCUUGGUGAAUUUGACCAGAAGGGCUCGGUGCCAACAAAAUAUGGAACCAAAGCAGAGCUCGUGGAUGCCAUAAAGGCGUGCAGACAACGGGGAAUAAACGUCUACGCAGACGCUGUCCUAAAUCACAAACUGGGUGCCGAUCAAACGGAAACUUUCAAAGCCGUCGAGGUAUCGCCGCAUAAUACUGAGCAAGAAGUAUCGGGAGAGCUGGAAGUGAAAGGCUGGACAAAGUUUGACUUCCCUGGAAGGGCAAACAAAUAUUCGGAUUUUAAAUGGCGUCACUAUCACUUUACUGGCAUUGAUUACAAUGCAGCAAAUAAGCGUCAAGCUAUAUACCGAAUACUAGGAGAAGGAAAGUACUGGUCUGAUAAUGUCGAUGGCGAGAGAGGCAAUUAUGACUACUUGAUGGGGGCGGACAUUGAUACAAGUCAUCCAGAGGUGGUCGAAGAACUCAAAAAGUGGGCAUUGUGGAUCAUAAAAGAACUGGACCUUUCUGGAUUCAGAUUGGACGCCGUCAAACACAUCGAUGCAAAGUUCAUGCAUGACUUGCUGGAACAUGUUCGAAAGAAUUCAAGUGUAGGAGAAAACUUUUUUUCAGUCGGGGAGUACUGGAAGAACUCUAUGAAAGACCUCGAAGACUAUCUUGACAUCCACGAGUGGAAACUGUCCUUGUUUGAUGUACCGCUUCACUUUAAUUUUGCGGAUGCUAGUAAAUUGGGCAAAUCUUAUGAUAUGAGAAAGAUCUUUGAUGGUACAUUGGUGCAAUCUCAUCCAAUGCAUGCGGUUACAUUUGUGAACAACCACGACACACAGCCGGGUGAAUCACUAGACUCGUGGGUCGCUCAUUGGUUCCAGCCGCUAGCCUACGCCCUGAUAUUACUUCGACGAGAUGGGUAUCCAUGCAUCUUUUACGGCGAUUUUUACGGUAUUGACGGCGAACAUCCCGUUCCCGCACACGCUGCGCCAGCCAUACGUAACCUGCUAAUUUUGCGAUCCCAAUUUGCGUUUGGGGAUCAGGAUGAUUACUUUGACCAUCCGAGUACUAUAGGAUGGGUCCGGCGUGGUUGUGAGCAGCGUCCUGCCGGAUUGGCAGUUGUGAUGUGUGCUGGGGAUGCGGGGUUCAAGCGGAUGUUUGUUGGUAGCGAGAGGAAUGGAGAAGAAUGGGUUGACGUAGCCGGGGGCCGUAAGGAAGUAUUGACCAUUGGCCAAGAUGGAUUUGCGGAUUUCCAAUGCAAUGGGGGUAGCGUAAGUGCCUGGAUUCCAAGAAAGGAAGCAGAGAAAACAUUCAAGUGGAAGCGGGAAGAGCUCGCGGCCCUAUCGGAAGCCAGUGAAACUGAAGGCGAGGACACUGUAGAACGGUAAGAUAAAAUGGAAAUAGUAGACAAAUGUACCAUAAUGAUGAACAAACGAUAUCUGGUCGAUCUUCUUG